CGGAAACUACUAUGCCAACGCACCGAGAGUGUUCCUCUUCCACAGUGUUGUCUCACAGGCACAUUCAACUCAGGGAAGACAACUAUACUAGGGCCACUACAAAUUUUAAAAAAAAACCAAUUGAAUUUGUGCUGGACUUACUCUCCCCCAGACGCACUCGGUUCACGCGUGUUGUUUUCGGGGACAGCGUUCGCAACACGCCGCCUCCUGUCAGACAGAGCCGCGGGCAGAAGUGUCCCACGGAUAACGCCAGAGAGCGCUUCCACGAUAUUUUGGUUUUUCCGAGAUGCUACAAUCUGCUUUUGUUCAACCGAGCUGCCCCGCGUGAGCGCGUCUGUCCCGGGGACACGCGCGGACGACUGUUCCGCCGGAGGCAGCAUGUGGUCUCACAGUCGACAGAACCAAGUCGUCGCGGCGGUGAGCCCACGUUAGCUCCAGAGCUACGAAGCUAAGUGACUUGGACGGUGCUUUCAACUUCCUGCAGACAGGUCACCGCAGCUAACUUCAUGAACUAUGUGAGGGGAAGUGCCGAGAAAGGAACUCCCUGCAACCCUCUGGUGUUGCAGGUUGCUCUCAUGUACCCAUGGAGAAGGCGGCCUUUGAGGGGUGGCUGGAGUCAGUCUCGGCCACUUUCCUUACUCUGAACGACCAGGAGCGCAACCAGUCUCUAGACCACCUCAUAUCCUUGAGCGGUGCCGCCCAGCUUCGCCAUCUGUCCAAUGGUCUGGAGACGCUGCUCAAGCGCGACUUCCUGCGCCUCCUUCCUCUGGAGCUGGCCUUCUACCUGCUCCACUGGCUGGACCCUCAGACCCUCCUCACCUGCUGCCUGGUCUGCAAGCAGUGGAACAAGGUGAUAAACUCUUGUACAGAGAUAUGGCAGGGUGUGUGUCGGGAGCUGGGCUGGAGGAUUGAUGAGUCCAUUCAGGAUGCAUCACACUGGAAGGGAGUCUACCUGAAGGCUAAACUGCGUAUGGUGCAGCUGGAGGAUCAGGAAGCCUUUGAGACAUCAUCCCUCAUUGGCCACAGUGCUCGAGUAUAUGCCCUCUACUAUAAGGACGGCCUCCUCUGCACAGGAUCCGAUGACCUCUCUGCCAAAUUAUGGGACGUGCGCACUGGGCAGUGCAUUUAUGGAAUUCAGACACACACCUGCGCCACAGUGAAGUUUGAUGAGCAGAAGCUGGUGACUGGGUCCUUUGACAACACUAUUGCAUGCUGGGAGUGGAGCACGGGGGCUAAAAUCCAACAGUUCCGUGGCCACACAGGAGCAGUCUUCAGCGUGGACUACAACGAUGAGCUGGAUUUACUGGUCAGCGGAUCUGCCGACUUCACCGUGAAGAUCUGGGCUCUGUCCGCCGGGGCGUGUCUCAACACUCUGACUGGACACACCGAGUGGGUCACCAAGGUGAUGCUCCAGAAGAGUGAAGUAGAAUCUAUGAUGCACAGUCCUGGUGACCACAUACUCUUAAGUGCUGAUAAAUAUGAAAUUAAGGUCUGGCCUUUAGGGAGGGAAAUCAACUGCAAGUGUCUGAAGACACUGUCGGUGUCGGAGAACCGCAGCAUCAGCCUUCAGCCUCGCCUGCAGUUUGACGGACGCCACAUCGUCUGCAGCUCGGACCUCGGAGUGUAUCAGUGGGACUUUGCCAGUUUUAAGGUUCUCAGGGUGAUCAAGACGCAGGACCCAGCCAACCUGUCCCUGCUCAGCUUCGGAGAGGUGUUUGCGCUCCUCUUUGACAACCACUUCCUGUACGUGAUGGACCUGAGGACAGAGGCCAUCUCGGGUCGCUGGCCCUUACCAGCCUACAGAAAAUCCAAACGAGGGUCCAGCUUCCUGCCCGGCGUGACCUCCUGGCUGAACGGCCUCGACGGGGACAAUGACUCUGGACUGGUCUUUGCCACCAGCAUGCCCGAUCAUAGCAUUCACUUAGUUCUGUGGAAGGAGAACGGAUAGAAGCGAACAGGGACCCGGAACCACUGACUGCGAGGAUAUGAGCCGCCAUCAUGAAUUCUCUGGACCAUAUUAACCUUAAAGAGCCAAGACAGGUCAUGCAUGGACCAACGCAUUUAGUUUUUAUCUGUUUCUUCCUCAGCAGAGUCACAGACACGACCGUUCACAGACUGAACAGAUCCGUCAGCAACAAGUCGAAAACAUCAUCGGGUUUCCACGAUAAACACGAGCCCAUGCAUUCUCCUGUGACGGAGUGUAAUGUCAGUGUGAAUGUUUUGGCAAAUUUUGCUUUUCGAUCACCUUAGCAGUGUACAGUGAGAAUAUUUGAAACCUAACUUUAACCGUUAGUCUCGUAAUUGGCUGCCAACUUUGGGUCGAGUGUCGCUCCAGCCAGAACGAACCUGACGCCGAGCUGCUCCCCCGAGCGGAUUCACACAGACACUGGUUCCCUUGAGGAAAAAGCAGCGUUGCCUUAAAACUAGUCGCUGUAAAUAACACAGGUCGUCUCCUGUGAUACGAGAUUGUGACGUCAAGAUCCUAGGUUUCUACGGACGAUCCCAGAGGAAGCUGUAAACUCUCAAAUGUUCAAAACGUUGUGAGCUUUCAUGUGAUUCGUCCGAGGGACGUCUGGUUCAAAGUAUCUGCUGUGGACAUGUGAUGUGCCUUUCAGAUCAUUUGAUGAUACCACUCCUUGAUAUAACUGGCACAUUGCAAUAAGGUUAUGGCAGCGUUGUCAUUUUUACUUUGAUGUUAUAUUUUCCAUGUUUCUCGUGCCCUAACACUCAAAACGUCUGUGUAGUCGUAGAGCUAAUCUGCCUGACUCGACUCGCUCAGUGAAUAGCUUUUAUGAAUCAUUGACUUUAUUUUUCUAAAGGCCUUCAACACGUUGUACAGCAGGUGAAGUGACUUAACAAGUAGUUUGUUCUGUGCAAAAAGUCACAUUUUAGACUUUGAAUUUGAGUAGAUUGGGGUUUUUUUCUGGCCAUAACACAAGAGGAUCUGUGAAACCACGCCUGCUUCUGUGUAUCGUUGUUUUUUUUUAACUCAUGUUACUCAGUUUUGUUCUCUGUUUCCACAGAAAUAAAACUUCAAUUCAGAACUUUCAUUAACAUCUGCUUUAAAACGUCCCCACAUGCACCAAACCUGAUCGACAUAUUAGUUCUCCUUGUGUUCAGACUGUAGCCCGUCCCUCACACGGAUACUUUUACCCUGCAGAUGUACGGACUGUUCUUAGUUUAGGGUUUUUCAAAUCUUAUUAAAACAGCACCAAAAUACUGUA